AUGAAUCUCGGGCAGCUUCUAAUUGUAUGCAGUACUCUUCUUGGAUUAGGGAUUUGCGUUGCGCCUCUACCUAGCUAUCAAAAUUGCAGAAGGUUCUAUGGGCCGACUAAAGAUGGGAAAUUUGCUUGUCAGAACAGUGGUGGCAAAGCAUACACUUGUUCACCCGCUAAACAACACCCCCGACUCCCGAUGACCGGCUGUGUCCCUUACGCGGACCCCAAAAACUUGAAAAAGGGAGUUACGAAUGCAGCACCUGUAAAGAAGGAUUGUGAUGCAGCAAUAGCACAAAAGGAACCUGGGCCGCAGGGCAAAUAUUAUAUUGAUUGUGCUGAGGUUCAGAUAGUCAAAGAUAAAGUGAAACUCACUGCAGCUUAUAAAUGUGAAAUAGGUCCCUAUGUUGGGCCUUUGAAAACCUUGCCAGGUUGCAUUCUCAAUACCGAUCAAACCAUUGUUUAUGAUAUUGGUUAUAAUUGGUUCAAAUAA